GCACUGUGUAAACGUAGGGGGUUACUGCCAAAAGGAAUUUGUUGCUAUAAAUAAUCUGGGUGGGGACGUUUGGUAGUGUAUUUAACAUCCGAACCCAUCGAUCUCUGGUACAAAAAGGACCGAGGUUUUCGGAGGUAUAGAGCAGAAUGCAUUUCGCGGUUUUCGGUGUGCUGUUGUUGCUGAGUUUAACAUCACACGGGAUUUCUGCUUCACUCUCGGACAGCGUCUGUAAAUCGUCACUAUGGGGCAGUAUAACGAAGUCCAUGAUCAAAACGUCUAACCCAAGAGCAAGAGAUGUCAUGAAUUCCAAGCUUGAUUGCUGUCCUGGUAGAGAUGAAGGGGGGUGGUGUGGUGAUUCACACAUGUCUAACACUGAGUGGAUUGAGGUGGACUUCAACCAAGGCGUAGGAUUACGUGGUAUCGUUAUUCAGAAGCCCGAGGAUGUUCACCGUGGUUAUGUGACGUCUAUAUCUGUUGAGUUCAUGCUGAAGGGAUCAACAUCUUGGCAAUAUUUCUCCUCAGAUCCUCACAAUCCACAGGCAAUGGAAACUCUCGGACAAAAUGUAGCUAAUACCUCAAUUUCUUUAACUCCUGGAAUUGCAGUUUCUAAACUUAAAAUCAACAUCCUCAAAUACCAGAAGAGUCCAUGCUUACGAUUUGACUUGCUAGGGUGUACGAAUUCUGAGGACCUGUGUCCCAACGGCUGUUUGAAUGGAGGACAGUGUGUCUCAGAAAACAAAUGCGCAUGCUCAAACAAUUACAACGGAGAUAAAUGCGAAAACCGAAUGUUGACAAUUUUUACAGUAUGUAACACUGCACUUGGACUGGAGAGCGGAAGUAUAACAGACAGUAUGAUAUCAGCGUCAUCAUCUACAACAGGCAAACCGAAACAGAAGGUCCGAUACAAUUGUUGUACAGGCGAAGACAACGGAGCGUGGUGUCCUAGGUCCAAUGAUCCACAUCCUUGGCUUGAGGUUACACUGGCUAAACCUAUGGCUGUGUCUGGACUUUAUUUUCAACAUCCCACUAAGAAGGAUUCACACACUUAUCCAAGCAUAUUCAUGAAGAGCUUUCAGCUGAAAUUUAUUUCAGCUCUAGAUCCGCUAAGAGAAUGGAGAAGCUUUAAUGAGCACAUCCCUUCAAUAUACAACUCCACAUUGUACUACAAUAUCGGUUUGAAUCCCUAUAUUGUCACGGAUGCUGUUAGAAUCUACCCAGAAACUUACUCAACGGCGCCAUGCUUUAGAAUGGAAGUAAUUGGCUGUGACCCAACAGUUCUUUGUCCAAAGGAUUUCUGUAAAAAUGGAGGAACGUGCAUGGGUGCUAAUGUCUGUAAAUGUCCUAAAGGUUUCUAUGGUAAUAGUUGUGAUCAAAAAGCUUCGACGAUGGUACACCUGACUUUAGGAUUUUCAGAAAUAAUUGAACACGUUAUUCACACAACCAUAAAUAUAAACUUUAAUAUUCAUGGUACUGUAACCCUGGUAACUAAUCAAAAUGGAAAUGCAAUAAAUCUGACCGGAAACAGCUACGUAACAGUCAACAACACGGGAUUCAAUGCUUGUCUUAAGGACAUCGACACGUGCUCUUCCGGAUUUACUCUAAACAUCAACGUAAAUCUACAUCAACUCACUGACAAUACCUACAUUAUAUCCAGCGGUGGAGACUUACAGAACCAUAAAGGAAUAGCUUUCUUUUACAGCAAUCACCAGUUACAUUUCGUUGUUACUACAACAUCCCGGCGAUGGGUUAUUGUCGUAAAUAAUAGUCUUUCGUUGAAUAUGUGGCACAAAAUUGAACUCUCCUGGAGUAAAACAUCGGGGUCGUCACUUGUUAUUGAUAAUCAUCUUGCCGGUUCCGUUAGUCAGCCGCUGCCAGUUGUGGCUACACAGGUGAAACCACUCACUAUUGGAUUUGGCUACGCUCAUCAAGUAUCCAUUUCGAUGACCAUUAAUGGUCUGCAGACGUUCGAUUCCCACAGAGAGAACUUGAUAGUCAAUGGACUAGUUACAACUCCUGCACCAACACCAUCACAACAAACAACAUCCACCGCCUCUCAUACGACAGACUCAACUACAAUACUAACAAAUGCAGCGACAACACGAAUUCCUACUACUACAGAUGCUCCAUCCAAUCCGACUACAACUCCUUCCUGUGAUCAACAAACCUUGGAUUUUAGUUUCAGUAAAAUUCACGAUAACAUUCUUAUUACACCAUCUUACAAUUUCACUGUCUUUGGCAAACCAACUUUAACCCCAGAGCAAAACGGAAAUGCAAUUCUAGAACUCCACAAGCAUGGGCAUUAUGUUGAACUGCCGAAUUAUGGACUAGAAUGUAUACAGGAUAUGACGAAAUGUGAAAAUGGCUUCACAUUGAGUGCAGAAAUUAAACUUAUGGACAUGAAUUCUACAGAUAAACGGUACAUAUUUUCUAGUGGAGGGGAUCAGGUUGGAGCAAGUGGUCUGGCUUUGUAUCUUUGGCACGGUGACCUCUACUGCUCAACAAAGAAGGAUAAUUUUAUUUGGACUGCAAAACGUAAACUUGAUGUCAAGGCUGGAGAAUGGCACACCUAUCAAGUUUCUUGGAACAAGAAAGCCGGGUUUAUCGUUUAUUUGGAUGGGAAAGAGUUUAUGUCCAAUUCAAUUAAAUUGCCAAAUCCCGACCAACCUACCAUAUACCCACUCUAUAUUGCGAAUGCUCCGAACACCACUUAUUCAUCCACACUAAUGGAUAUUAGGAAUUUAUUCACAUGGUCUGCAUCACGUGAUUCUCUUAUCGGACAAGGCUGCAUUACAGAAUACAGCACUGUUCCUCAGACGACCAGACAACCUACAACAACAACAACUCCUGCAACAACAUCAACAACAAUACGAACUUCAACAGUACAAUCAACAACAGUAGAUAAAACAACAGGUGCAAACCAAGAAGUAACUUUAAACUACAAUUUUCUCGGUAUUACUGGAAAUAUACUACAAACGCCAGCGCAGAAUUUUUCUGUUCAUGGUCAACCAUUAAUUGUACAGGAUGGAAAAGAACAGGCUCUAGUUUUGAAUAAAACAGGACAAUAUAUUGAAUUUCAACAGACAAGUGCCAAUAAUUGUAUCAAUGACCUGACGCAGUGUACUUCUGGAUUUAAGUUUGACGUGAAACUAAAAUUUAUUGUGAUCACAGCAACAAACAAAUUGUACGUCCUUUCUAGCCUAAAGCAAGGACAUGCCGGUAUUGAAUUGUAUUAUCUAAAUGGAACGUAUCACCUUACCGUUGUGUCUAGUAAAGCAUCAUGGAACCUCGCUGUUGAAUAUGAAGUUAAACUUAAGAUUUGGCAUACUUACCGCAUUGAGUGGAGCCCUAACUUCGGUCUCGCCCUGUAUGUGGACAACUGUCAGGUUGGAAAAACUUUCACUGCCACCCAGACAGACGUAAAUCUACAGUCAAAUUCAUUAGUUAUUGGAUCGUCCUCUUUGAUAAACUUUUCCUAUUCAACACACAUGUUGAUUACAGGAAUGAAAGAAAUAAUUAAAUCGGAUAAUGAUUCCAAAGCGCAUGCGCACCAUACUGUGGAGCUGAAUUACAACUUUAUUAGCAUAGAUGCCAGUCAUUUGUAUACUCCAGCGCAUAAUUUCACCGUGCAUGGACAUCCAUUGCUCGUACACAGCGCACAUAACAAUAAAACAGCCAUAGUUUUUAACCAAACGGGACAAUUUCUUGAAUUUUCUAGCCACGCAAAUUUACACAGCUGCAUUAGUGAUAUUCUGCACUGCAUGGCAGGAUUUUCGUUUUCAUUUGAACUGAAAAUUUUGAAUGCGCUAUCACUUACAGCGAAAACAUAUAUAUUAUCGAGCUCUGGUCCCCUUCAUCCAGGAAUAGAAAUGUACCAUCUCAACCACACAUUCUAUCUCAGUGUAUUGACAACAAAGAUUUGGUCACUGAAAUAUCCGUUUGGUUUUAACCCACAAAAAUGGCAUACAUAUCGAAUUGUUUGGAACGAAAUUGAGGGACUUAUUUUAUAUAUCGAUGGAAUGAAUGUAAUUUCCAAAACCCCGUCAAUCUUAAAUAUGUCAGUGACAUCACAGUCACACCAUCUUUUAAUUGGUUCUUCAUAUAGCAAUCAAACACAUUACAACGCAAAUAUUAUGAUAUCCGGGAUGACAGAAAUCGUAUACUCUGCUGAAACAACCACGACUGUAGGACCGACAAAACCAACAAUUCCACAGUAUCACUUCGACCUAACUGCGGUAUCGACUAAUGUGACAACAUUAACAUCCAACAAUGUCGACAUGAAUCUGGUCGGAACUCCUUCCAUUGAUACAUCCAAAAAUUCAACUUGUUCGUUGCAAAUAUCUAACUCAAAGCAGUACCUCGACCUAGGUAUCCACAAAAACUUGUGUUUCGGAAACAUCGGUCUUUGUUUCCAAGGACUUACAAUACAGAUUAUUGUUAAAUUCAAUCAGUUGGAUGAAGGAACAGUUGUACUAUCCAGUGGCGGAAGCAACCUGUUAGGAACAGGCAUGGCAAUUAUCUACCAAUUUGGGCGUCUACAGUUUGCUGUAUCUAAUAGUAAUUAUUCGUGGUUCACUAGUGUCGGACGUGAUAAAAUUCCUUUGAACAUUUAUUUGAAAAUAAUUUUCUCUUGGUCUCCAAAAGAGGGCAUUCAAGUGGUAAUCGAUAACCAUGUAGUGGCCGCUUCGACGACGUCGAUUCUACACCCCACUGUAAGCACGACUAAUGAGCACCUCUACGUAGGAAACCUACCAUCUUCGACUACGUCGUCUGUCAAUCUGUGCAUACAGUCUGUUAUUAUAUACCAUGCUUGGAUAGGAGACUGUGUGGCCGGUGGAAUAAUACCUCCUCCAAUCACUACACCAUCUCCAGCGAUGACCACCCAAGCAAUAACUCGACCAUCUACUACUGAUUCCUGUCCAUCAGGACAAUACAUCUGUAAAGAUUUAUCAACAACACGCCCUACAACCACAGCUCAGCAUACAACUGCCAAACCAACAACUACAAUUCGACCGACAACCACUGCUCGGCCGACAACCACUGCUCGACCCACAACCACUGCUCGACCGACAACCACUGCUCGACCCACAACAACUCCGACGACAACAACAACUCCAACUACAACCACAACUCCAACCACAACAACGACAACCAUACCAAGACCGACUGUCCCUUCCUAUACUAACCAGCCAGUCCUGAAACCAUCUGUCGAUAAUAAAUGCGCAGCUCAUUUGACCUGUUCAUUCCAGAACUCUUUCGAGAAUAAUGUAGAGUUCAUUGUUUGUUUGAAUAUUGGCAAUAGAAAUUGUGUGCUUAAAAGUAUUGUUCCCGGUCGAACGAGCCAGUACCAUUUUUCUGUGACUCAAAUCAAUGAGAAUUUGUACAAAGAGAAGGUAACGUGUUCUAUACAAGCCAAGUUCAAGGAUCAAACUGCACUGACUCCAAUCUUCACAAGUACUGAAUUUGAACCUACCAUUCAGAUAACUUCAGGCAACCACUUACAAAUAACAGAGGGAACGGUAUUUCCUAUUCCACAUAUUUUAAUCAAAGUAAAUGCGCCACCUCAGUUCUUUUGCUGCACCGGAUGUAGAGGACGAUGUGAAUUCAAAUUGACCGCAAUGCUUGAUUAUCACCGCAUCAUCAGAUCCUGCCCUGGAGGUAGGUCCGUUAUUCCUCAAGCUUUGAUUGGAUGGGCUGGGGAAAAGCAAUCAAACACUCCUGAGACAUGUGGUACUGUGGUUAACUGUCACAACUGGGAAAACCCUAUCAUCUUACCGGUGUAUGCUACAGUGGACGGAAAGUAUGACCGUGACCAGACCGUCAACUACAAUGUUCAAGCUAACAUACUGAAUGUUCAGUCAGGGUCAGUGACCGCUACACCACAAACAUUGGACAUUGGAAAAGUAACAGUAACAACCAAAGACAACGACCACAAAUCUGUGUGUAGUUCUGUUAAUGACCCUCAUAUGACUACAUUUGAUGGCAGACGCUACAAUAAUUUCCUGACAGGAGAUUUCGUACUGUAUCAACAUAACUCUCUGCCAUUUGAGGUACAUGCUAGAUACGCUAAAUGCAGCUCUAGGUCACGCGCUACAUGUAACUGUGCUGUUGCCAUAAAAUCUGGUGAUGAUGUAAUUACAUUUACCGGAUGUAAUGGUGGUGGAACAACAUCAACAUCACACGGUCACAACAUUUUCGAUCUCCUAUUCCAUCGUCACCAUGAUCAUCAUCAUCAUAAUUCUGGACAUGCAGCGCCAAUAACUCUUGCCUUGUACAAGAAUGGUCAGCUUACACCUGGUACUUAUAUCAGAAGAUAUGGUUGUGGUCAGAAGUACGAGGUUCUGCUACCUACUGGCACGCUCAUAACAAUACAGACAAGUUCGAGGAACUUCAUCAACAUCUGGAUAAAGCCAUCCAGCGUAGAUCGCAAUAAAGUUACAGGUCUCUGUGGAAAUUAUGAUGGUCACUCUGGUAACGAUGUUCCUGGGAGAGAUACGUAUCCCAAUGAAUUCUGUAACAGUCACAGGCCAGCAGAAGGUAUCUUUACUGGUGUGAAACCCGGAAGUCUACCCGGGAUAACAACAUGGUGUAGCUGCGUGAAGAACAAAACCCCGUACUGUUCUCCUGGAUAUGGUAUCUUUAUCUGCGAGAGAAACAGAUAUGACAUCACAUCUACCAUUGUAAAUCAGGCAUUGGUACCUCGGCCGUCAACCCAUCGAAUGAGACGACAAGCAGAAAAUGAAAAUGGCAUUCCAGAUUUAGAGGAAGAUGGUACAUACACAAAAGAAGCUGCUGUCAACUACUGUGAAGAAUAUAUAUCUAACAACACAGCCUCAAAAAGCUGCAUGGCCGUACUAGACUCCAAGAACUACACCAGCCAAAUUGAGAAUUGUGCUGAAGAUUUGAGGAUUACGGGAGAUCCUGAGUGGGCUAAAGACCAUGUGAGUGAUAUUGUAACUAACUGUCUGAUAGAAGUGGACAAACAGCAACCGGCAGAAAACGAGACAACAGAACCCACAUUUAACGCCACAGAAAUCACAUCAAACCUUUGUCAGCUAGACUGUGGACAGAAUGGUCAUUGUUCCGAGGGCGUCUGUCAGUGUGAUGACGGAUAUUCAGGUAUUCAGUGCAGUAUUUACAAAUCCACACAGCCUUUCGUCAUGAAAACCCUGUUCAACGGCACCAGCUGUGACACGUGUGGCUGUGACAUCCAACAAACCGAAGACUGCAGCGCAGCUAUCAUAUAUGGAGCCAAUUUUGUAGAUUCUUCUACUUUAACUUGUCAUUACCAAUUCGUCAAGAUUGAGAAUGAAGUUGUAACCACUACAGAAAAGAGAACAAUACCAGGAGAUUUCAUUAACAUGAAUCAAAUUUCUUGCAAACUCCCAGAAUCUCGAGGUGGUGCUCUUAUUCAAAUCAGCAACGACGGUCAAACCCUCAGUACGGAUAGCUACCUUCAUCUAGUGUACGAUUCCAGGUGUUUUGACUGUUCCAUCACAGAUGACGUCAUGAAAUCCAACUGCAAGCUCAGAGAAAACACCUGUCUUAUAAAUGGGCAGUGUCAUACCUUGAAUGAAGAGAAAGACACAAACCACUGUAAACGUUGUGACCCGUCAUUGAGCACGUCAGCAUGGUCAGACAGCGACACCAAGCAGUGUAGACAGGAAUUGGCAGCUGAACAGGUGUCCAAGACAAACUCAGACUCCGGAUACAGCAGUGAGAUUGUUACCAUUCUGGCUGUGGCCUGUGGUUUCGUUGGUUUUCUCCUUCUCCUAACUGUAUUCUACACAUGCAAACAAAAAGAGAGACUGCAGAAAAGAAAAGAGAAUGACAAGUACAAGUUCUUAUACCAAGAGUCCAUAUCACGUGAUGCUUCACGCAUCUCCAUGGUGAAGGAAAUGGAGAUCCAGCAUGCUGUUGAUAACCCUGUGUAUGAAGAGGACAAAAGUCGACUGUGAUUGGUGUAUGGAUCUGUAAAUUUCUUAUUCUAAAAUAUGUGUCAAAGUAUAUCACAAACCGGUCCUGCGGGCAGGGAUAGGCACACUAAAAGUGUUCGGCAUAUCAAAAAGUGGCAUUAUUACAGAAAAUAUCUUCUUAACUGUUGUAUAUAGAUAUCUGAUUUCAUAUUCGUUCACUUGUGACUUUUUGACUUCUUAAAGUUAAUAAAACUCUUGAUAGUAUUGAUAAUUGUCUGAUUUUUUUUACUUUGAUUUAGAAUAGUGUAUGG